GCUUUCAACACCACCCACGUUGCGUCGCUUGUGCGCUAAACGACGCCCAACUGAACUUCACGCAUUUUUCAAUCUCUUCAACAACCUGUCCACUCGAUUGCCGGACCUGCAAUUCUGAGGGCCAAAAAAAGCUUCGAUUUGUAGCGAAACUUCACGAUUUUCAGAGAUUCUGUUUUCAUCUGAAACUCACUUGAACCAUCAAGAUGCCGGGCGGUCUAGUCAAAGCCAAGAAGUACGACUGGAAGGAUUCCAAUCUGGCCCUCUUCGGCUCGGACACAGAGAAGUCGGUCAAGAAGGAGUCGGCCGAGACGGAGCCUGCCUGGAACGGGGCGGGGCAAGAACCGGGCCUCCAGAUCUGGCGCAUCAACAAAUUCAAAGUGGAGCACUGGCCCAAGGAGGAGUACGGGAAGUUCUUCAACGGCGAUUCGUACAUCAUCCUCAACACCUACAAAGAGAAAGACGGUAAUGAGCUGAAUUAUGACCUACACUUCUGGAUAGGCUCCGCGUCAACCCAGGACGAGUACGGAACUGCAGCUUACAAAACGGUAGAGCUGGACACCUUGUUAGAUGACAAGCCCAUACAGCACCGCGAGGUGGAGAAGCAUGAGUCGCCUUUGUUCAAGACGUACUUCAAGAGCUUCACAACUAUGGAAGGUGGGGCUGACUCUGGCUUCCGAAAGGUCACACCAGAGGAGUACAAACCUCGCUUGUUGAAGAUCUCCGGGGAGAAGAAAAACAUCCGGGUCACGCAGGUGGCUUACUGCAAGUCCAACGUCACGGAAGAUGACGUGUACAUCAUUGACAAGGGCAACAAGCUGUACUUGUACGUCGGCCCCUCUUCAAACAUGAUGGAGAAACAUAAGGGAUCGGAGGAAAUUCAGAAGAUCAAGAGUACUCGCGGCAGGGCGACCAGUGAAGUCGUGGAGAGCCUCGGGCAUGGCUGCUUCUCCGAUUUCGCCGAGUCUCCUGAGGAUGAAGACGAAGCCGAUGACGAACCAGACAACAGCGAACCGGCCAUGUUCAAGCUGUCGGAUAAAUCUGGUGAGUUGGAGUUCACUGCAAUUUCAAGCGAGGGCGGCCUUAGCAGAAGCAACCUGUCACCUGAAGAUGUCUUCAUUCUUGACACGACAAAAGAAUGCUUUGUCUGGAUCGGGUCGGGAGCCAGUGAUGCCGAGAAGCAGAAUGGCAUGAGUUAUGCACAUAACUAUCUCAGUAACACGAGCCACCCUCUUUUGUCGGUGACCAUCGUCAAGCAAGGCAAGGAAUCCCGAUCGUUCGCUGCCGCCACGGUUGCCUAAACGAGCAGCUUUCGCCACACCAGUGAUUUUCAUCUUUCGCGACACGCGUAAAGCCCCGCUUUGCGUUUAACACUGAGCUCGCUGGCCCAGAGCAUUGCACGUUCCCUUCAAAGAAUUUGUUUAACAAAUAACCACGGUGGUUUGUUUUCAAAAGGAUAAAUUUUGUCCCACCACUUCAGAAGAUUUUGAAGUAGUCCAAAUGAUAACUUGUUUCAUAAAUCCCUACCUUACUGUUUAUCCCCAAUUGCUCGAAUAUUGCUACUGGAUACACAUUCAUUUUUCCACCCUGUGCUGUUUGGCACUUUUAUUUUAUUGGUUCAAAUGUUUUUGUUCAAAGUCUAGUUCCCUGUUCCAAGCAUAAAAUGAUUAUGAGUAAGAAUUAUCAAACCGAGCAGUCAGUUAAUUCACGGGGUCACUUAAUUGGGUUUUGGCACCAGUCUGUUUGUAACUAAGUCACGUUUUACUUUUUGUUCACUGCCUCCAAGUUUGUACAAGGAGUCCGGGAACUAGACGUCUCCAAGUCGAAAGUGUUUCUGACAUAGACAUUUCCAUUUUUUGUGGAACAUUUACAUCGAAAAAGUCAUGUUUUUGAAAUUGUUCAUGAAAAAUGUUCCAUGUAAAUUUUUUAGGGGGGGGGGGGACAACUGAUCAUAGCUCCUGAGAACAGACAAUUUUGUUGCGCAUUUCCUGAAAAACUUUCAAUCUGAAAUGCUGUUCACAUGUAUAAUAUGAAAACAUCUCUGAUACGCGGAAUGGUAAUUGGUGGAAAGGUGACGUGAUCAGAAUAGUAUGGUGCUGGUGCUGCAGUUGUUGAAGUGAGCAAUGCCAGGACUUCAGGGAACCAUACAAAGAUGGCUGCAGCAGGACGGGUCUGAAAAAUUCCCCUUUUUCCAAAUGCAUGAGUGUAAAGUAAGAAUACAGUACCGUAUGCAUUUUGUUCCCACCUAUUAGAUUUAACUAGCCUAACUAGUGACCAGUAACUAGUACCUGAAGUUAAUAGAUUACCAGUAAAACAAAAUGCCAAUGAAUGUGCUCUGAGAAAUAAUUUUUUCACAAUUUUCCACAAAUGUCCCGUUUUAACGCAAUCAGCUGAGGUCUUUGACAGUAAAAGACGUGCUGAACUAAUUAUGCAAAAAAAAUUAAAAAAAUCUAAGACAGAAUCAUGUAAAUUGGUAAUGAAUUAACUAGUAAUGAUAUUUCUUAUAAUGAUUUCUUUAUGCAAUUGUAAACGAUAAGAUUGAUAAUGAAAUGGUGUUAGAAUUAUAUUCGGGGGAUUUUUUGGUAACAUGACUUUAAAAUUGCCAGUAUCAUAUUUUUAACUGACAAAAAAAAAAAAACCUGCAAAUUUUCAGAACAAAUGGUGGUAGCUGUUAACAGUAUCAAAAAUGUGUCUUUUAUUAAUGAAAAUAAUGUUUUCCAUAUCGUUUCCAUGGAUUAAAAAUCUUUCUUGUAAAUACGAAAUCCGAAUUGAAUUUGCUUGCAUAUAUACACACACACUCAUAUAUAUUGUAAAAGUGCAAAGAAUAUAUUAAUUUUUAAGUUUUUGCAUUUGGACUUCUUCGGCUUUCGAUCGUUCUUAAAUAACGUAGCUAGACAUUUUUUUUGAGUUUGUGUGUAGGUUUUUUUGAAAGUAAAGAGAGUAGUUGAUUGGUCUUUCCACAAUGAUACUAUUCUUUCAUUGAUUUAUAUAAUUUGGUAGUUACAUGUAGUUAUAUGUUUAUUAAAUUCCUUGUUGCACUGUUUUGUCCCAACGUUCAUGCUGUUGCAGGGGCUGUCGUAUGUAACUGUCAAGUAGCAUAAUUUUACUUUCUAAUCUUGUUCACAAACACGAUACAAAUCAAGAAAAGUUUAAAGUAGUCAUGGAUUUUAUUUUUUAAAACUGUUGCCAGGCAUAAUAAAGUCUUUUCUGCAACGUUGUUUCUAGAAAUCGUAAGUCAAUCCAGAAAUUCAGAAUCUCAAUCGAGUGACGAGCCAUUUUGAGGAAUUGUGACAGUGGCAUUCCUUUGUCAUUGUCCAUCCCCUGUUUGACGUAACUUGUGGUUUGACUUGUGUGAUUGACUUCACUGCUAACUCAGGCGGUGUCUGAAAGUUGUGGCUGCGGCUGGGAAUAGCAUGUGCCCCUAUGGAAGCCAUUGGCUUGUGGCUACAGCCACUUCCAAAAGACAUGCGUGUUAUUACUCCCAGCCGCAGCCAGUUGAGUCGGACAUGACCUCUUUCUUCAGUUGUCAGCUUGGUUAGGACCCUAAUUACAUUGGAUACAGUUGGGUUAACACUAGGUACCAGACUUUGUUCUUUCCAUUUUUUCACAUUCCUUAUCAUUCCAUGUGAUUUGGGUCAUUCCAUUAUUUGCAUUCCCGUAGCAACGGCUUGUAAAAAUUAAGAAAUAACUAUCAACAUACAUAGAACAUAACUGAUUUUAUUUUUGUUGCAGUAAACAGAAAAUCUUCCAGUUGUUGGUUUUCCCUGAGAAAAUUGUAUAGAGUGACCAAUUUUUUUUCUGAAGUAAAGCUUCAUUCUUAAGUAAAGAGAAUCUGCUAAAUGAUUUGGAUAUGGUGCUUUUAGAAUGUCAAGUUUGUUUUCAUCAACAACUUCACGGUAUCCUAGUCUUUAGUUUUCAUUUAGCUACUACAUCAUCAUUUUAAAGUUAACAAAAACUGUUAAAAGUGUAAACCUCCAAUGUUAUAUGAUAUGUAAUUAUGAAGUGAUGUUUUGCAAAGGCCUGUGUAUAAUUUUUUUUUUAAUAUUUGCUCUUUAUUGUAAGCUUCAACUUUGUACCAACCUUGUUCCCAGUAUGAAUAAAACUGUUCCCAAGGAAAUAGCUUUGAAUCUUGCUGUGGGGAUGAGGUUGGAGGUGAUUUGGUCAAAGAAAAUGAGACGCAUAUUCUCAAACAUUUUGAGAUUUUUUUUUUUAAAAGGGAGACAUUUAAAUAAUAGGACACUCGUUAACAAGAAAUGGCAAAAUGAAAGAAACUUUCUGAGAAAUUAUACCCAAUGAUAUUUUGAAAAGUUGAUAAAACUGUCCAAAUGUGACCUGUUUUCCUGGUUAGAUGUGUCCAAUUUAUCAUAUUUAAUCAUGUGUACAAAUUGAAUGCCACAUUUUCUUUUAAAACUGAAAUUCAGAUUUCCCGUCUUUGACAUUUCUUAUAAAACUUUAAUAUUUUUUCCCAUAUUUAUUUUUGGUUAAACAAAGAAAACUGACUUGAAAACUAUUGCUUUCCCGAUUUGUGAAUGUCGUAAUGUGCGGCACCAUUCAGUUUCCGUUCUUUGUUUAACCAAAAAUUAAGACAGUAAUGUGAUUGUCCUCUGUAAGCACAGUUCUUUUACGACUCGGCUAAUCGCAAAAUAAAGAUAUCCGAAAGAUGCAUGUUUAACAUGCUAAAUAUUAACUCUCACGCGAAGCUAUCUACAGCAUUGCAGUAUGUACACACAGUUCCUUUAAUUUGUAAAUCUGGAAUUAAACCUUCAAACGGUGACGGAUAAA